ACAACAGCAGCAGCUCCUGUCUUUCCAGAGCAUGUCCCCUAUGUCAUAGUUGGAGCAGGUACUGCUUCAUUUGCAGCAUUCAGAGCAAUCAGAUCAAAGGAUCCCAAAGCGAAGGUGCUAGUGAUAGGACAGGAAGAAUUCAACCCAUAUAUGAGACCGCCGCUGUCCAAGGAAUUUUGGUUUAGUAAGGACAGAGAGUCUAUAGCCAGCCUUAAAUUCACUCAGUGGAAUGGCAAGGAAAGAAGCAUCCUGUUUGAGCCAGAUUCCUUCUACUGUGAUCCAACAGAACUUUCUGAGAGAGAGAACGGCGGUGUAGCCAUCUUUAAGGGACACAAGGUUGUAUCUUUAGAUGUACACAAGAAGGCCGUCAUACUCGAUGAUGGAAAAGUGGUGAAAUAUGACAAGUGCCUUCUAGCAACAGGUGGAACCCCAAGGAAUCUACCUGCCUUCAGGAAGGCUGGAGAGGAGGUUAAGAAGAGAACCACACUGUUCAGAAAUAUAAAAGAUUUCCAGAAGUUAGAUGAAAUCAGCCAGGAGGCAAAGAGCAUCGUUAUCAUUGGGGGUGGAUUCCUUGGGAGUGAGCUUGCCUGUGCCCUGGGAAGAAGGGGCAAAGAAACUGGAUUGAAGGUCACCCAAGUCUUCCCUGAAAAAGGCAACAUGGGAAGAGUGCUACCUGAAUAUCUGAGCAAAUGGACUACAAAGAAAGUCAAAAAUGAGGGCGUAAAUGUUAUUCCCAAUGUUUUCCUGAAGUCAGCUGGUUUUGACAAGUCAGAAGAGAAGGUUGUGGUGAGGCUGAAUGAUGGCCAGCAGUUACCAGCAGACCAUGUGGUCUUAGCUGUGGGACUUCAGCCCAAUGUAGACCUUGCUAGGGAGUCUGGUCUAGAGAUUGAUGAUGAUUUGGGUGGUUACAGGGUCAAUGCUGAGCUUGAAGCUAGGAGUGAUGUCUUUGUGGCUGGUGAUGCUGCCUGUUUCUAUGACAUCAAGCUGGGUAGACGGAGGGUAGAGCACCAUGACCAUGCUGUCGUCAGCGGCAGAUUAGCUGGAGAGAACAUGACAGGAGGCAAGAAACCAUACUGGCACCAGUCUAUGUUCUGGAGCGAUUUGGGACCUGAGGUAGGCUAUGAAGCCAUCGGGAUCGUUGAUGCCAGUUUACCCACUGUGGGUGUAUUUGCCAAGGCCACGCCCAAGGACACGCCCAAAGCUGUAGUCGAGGAAACGGGGGAGAGUGUCAGAUCAGAAUCAGAGAGUGUUGCAGCUGCAACACCACCUGCCCCCAACAUGGCCAAAGUUGCCCCAGUAGCAACCGAGGAUUAUGGGAAGGGUGUCGUAUUCUACCUCAAAAAUAACAUGGUGGUUGGUGUGGUACUGUGGAACGUCUUCAAUAAGAUGCCUAUUGCUAGGAAGGUUAUCAAGGAAGGGAAGGAGUACAGUGACCUUAGUGACCUAGCUAAACUAUUCAAUAUUCAUGAAGUGCAAGAGUGAAACUUCCACCUUUUUUUAGUAACAAGAGAAUUAAAUAUAUUUAGGAGUAAAAUAUGAGGAAAUUGAUUCUUUGGAAUUCAAUUGUGUGGCAAAUUGUAGGAUGCAGUCUCAAAUAAGAUGCUUGGCAUCUUAAUUUCCUUGGUGGUGAUAAUAACAUUUCUAGGUAGUGCACUUAAUAUCAUCUGUUUGUGAUGCAUGACAAUAGGAUCAACCUCAGGAAAUAGAUCAAACAUGUUAGAGUAAGGGAAAUCAGUACAAAUUUGUUUUUACAAGAACAUUCCUACGGACAAGUGACAUAUUUCAUUUCAAAUAUUCCUGAAUGUCUUGAUUUUGUUUCUUUUUCAUCUGUUGCAUUUAAGGAGAUGCAGACCGAGUUAUUUCAAACCCUUUUCACAUAACCAUCUCCUCAAACAAAAUCCACGAAUAUUGAAACCUUUAUUUUCCAUGUUUUAAGUAUCUUGCAGUUUUAAGUAAUAACAACAGGAAACAAAACAAACAGGAAAUGUUUGCUAGCAAUCAAAAUACUAAGUUUUCAUCUUUUGAAAACAUGUAGCAAAGUGCUUGUAUUUCCUGCAGUAAUAACCACUUGCAAAUUACACAAACUUUCGCUAACAAAAUACCAAUGGGUGGCUUAUUUGGGUAUUACUUGAAAGGGUAACCUAAUCAGGGUAACCUGAUGCAUUCCAAUAAAACCUGAGCAUUUGUAUCUUGAACUUGCAAAGCCUUGACAGUGUCAUUCUGUGCUAUACAAAGUAGAAGCAAUGCACAGUACACUGCGCCAUAAACAUAUUACCACGAAGAAGCCAAUUAUUUCCAUUUUCUGUGGCCAGUUGGUUGACAUCUGUAUACAUUGAACGCUACUUUCAUUUGCAUACAUGCUCUGUGGUUAUUACAGUUUGCGAUGGGUGCGAAUAAUCUCAGACUCCUUUAAGGCGUCAUAUGACACUUGGAGACAUACGAUAGAUGAUGAACUGCAGGAUAACAUGCAGAGUGUCAAAAGUAAAGUGUAAAAGCUUAGUUACCUCAACGCAAAUGCUUUAUGGCACACUGUACUGUGAAAUGCUCUGAUUGUAAUCACUUAAUACAAAAAUAUGUAGUUAAAGUAGGUCUAAAUGCAAAGGGAACAGGUUGUGAGUAGAAGUCCAUGUAUCGGGAUAUUCACUUCACUUUUGGGUAGUCACACCACUGAGAAGAUUACUGCUGUUAAAAUGUCAGUUUGUAAACAUGUUUUUAAAGAGAACAUAUCACACACACUGUUGAGGGAAACAACCAUGAUAGCUACAGUCAUGUUUUCUAAUGAGCACUAGACUCUAGUGUUGAAAAGAAUUGUGUUUUUAUCUUUGCCAAUUUGCCUCUAAAGUAAAUUAAAAUUUGAGUGAGAACAGUCAAAUAAAAAAAUUUCAAAUCUUUUAC